CAGCACUACCCACGCCAGGCCCGAAUCCCACAAGACACCUCCAAACGAACCGCUCACCACAACUGCACGAUCCCCCACGCCCUCCCCUCCAGCCGCCUCAAACUCGCGGUAUCCGCGCAUCGCCAGUUGCAAACCCGUCCCGCACCGUACUCGCGCGCGCACACGCCUACACACAUAGCACACGGCCAGGAUGCAGCCCACCCGGUGCCUUCUCAAGGGCCGUUCGGUCUGGAAAGGCCCUCACAUUGUCCCGCUCCCCAUCGUCCGCCCCGCGCCAGGUGUCAAGGCCAAGCCGAUACGCACGCAGGCCCGCUCGGCCACGAUCUUGCCGAGCUUCGUCGGGCUCAAGUUCCAGGUGCACAACGGCAAGGACUACACCGACGUGUUCAUCACCGAGGACAUGGUCGGUCACAAGCUUGGCGAGUUUUCAAUGACGAGGAGGCCAUUCAUCUGGAAUAAAUAGACGAGGAGAGGAAGUCAUGGACAAGUUUGUGUUUGAUAUUGUACAUUACAAGAAAUGGGGGGAACUGUACAUUUACGAGUCAAUGAAAGACGCCAAGACAUGGAUCAGUCGCAGAUUGUUGUAAAGACGUGGUUUUGCUUUCGUGAGCGCAUGCAGAGGCUCAUACGCAUCAUCCUGGACGUCGUCUGGCACAGAGAGCACGC